AGUGGCUGAAUACAGGCUCAAAGCAGGCGACGGGACAGGAAUGAGAGGAUGGAUGCUGGCAGGGGCUUGGAGCUUCUGCGGGGCUUGGCGCCGCCGCCCGUGAGCACCCAGGCCGGGACCCCACGUCCCCAGGCCAGCCCUGACCCCGGCGGCCCCUCCGGCGGGAUUCCUUUCCGAGGUGCUGGUGCCGGCCCAAGCCCCGGGCAGCGCUUUGUCGCGUCCGCCCCUCGGUGAUCAGCUCCAGGUCCCCCUGCUUGGCCCCGCGCGCCCCGAGCCCAGUCCCCGGAAGUGCGCGCCGGGGCCCCAGCGAAGUGUAGGUAGGUAGAUUGCUGACCACAUUUGCUCAUUUCUGGACUUAGUCAUUCAAAGGAAGCCCUAUGAGUCAAUCACUGGGCAUGGAGAGUCUGAGAAGCCAACUGGGGCCAAGCAAGUUUUAGAACCUCUACUGGCUGAUGCCAACAUCGUCAGAGAUGAACUGUUUUUACCAGAAACUUCUCUGCUCCUGACAGCACACCUCUCCCCAGAAGAGAAGAAGGAGAGUGGCCACGUUGAUUCAGCCAAGCACCUCCAGGAGGUCCCCUCUAGAUGUCCCAUGAGGCUGCCCCUCAGCCACAACCCGGAGCACGUGGAGAUGGCUUUGCUCAGCAACAUCCUAGCGGCCUAUUCCUUUGUCUCAGAAAAUCCUGAGCGAGCAGCUCUGUACUUUGUUUCUGGCGUGUGCAUCGGGCUGGUGCUGACCCUGGCUGCUUUGGUGAUAAGGAUCUCUUGCCACACAGACUGCAGGCGGCGUCCCAAGAAGAAGUUCCUGCAGGACAGAGAGAGCAGCAGUGACAGCAGCGACAGCGAGGACGGUAGUGAGGACACCGCGUCCGAUCUCUCCGUGCGGAGACACCGCCGCUUCGAGAGGACUUUGAACAAGAAUGUGUUCACCUCCGCAGAGGAGCUGGAGCGCGCCCAGCGGCUGGAGGAGCGCGAGCGCAUCAUUAGGGAGAUCUGGAUGAAUGGCCAGCCUGAGGUGCCCGGGACCAGGAGCCUGAACCGCUACUAUUAGGGAGCAGCAGGACCCCGGAAACCACUGGAGGCCGCCUGGAAGGGAGAGGAUCUGCAGGGACAGUGGGCACAAGGAACUGAACCCAGCUCUGCUAAUAUUGUGAUUUCAGAGAAAAACCAGGACAUGCCCCUUUUCUAGCCAGGGGGAUUGCUCCUUUUUAGCCAAAUGUAUGGAGAAGUAGAAAAAUCAAAGCAGUUCAUCAAUCUUCCAGAUCUUGGAAUGGUGCUGAAAAACCCUCUCCAACACUGUGGAUGGAGAUCGGAGAAACGCGACUUUGAUUUCUCUUGAUUUCUGAGGAUCUCAGAAGUUUCUGCAGACUUCCUUGCUAUGUGUUAUUCCUUUGCAAAAGGAAAGAUCAUUAUAGCGUGAGGGCUGGGAAGAGCAGGGUGAACUUAGCCCAAUAAAUGCAAUUUCCUAAAUGACUCCAUGCUAUGGAGGUGAUUUGGAUUCAAAUAGCAUGAUCCAUGCUUAUUAUUUAAGGCUGAUUUUUAAAAUCUUGAUUUGCAAGGGCAACGCCGUCCAUUUUAACUGGCACCUCAGGGAUUAAAAUCCUAUUUUUUAGUAUACUUCCCAUGUCAUUCAUGAAAAAUGAAUAGAACUAUUGUAUUAUGGGAGAUGUGUCAGUGAACUAGAAAAUGUCAAUAACCUCAAAGGAUGAAGGGUUUUUAUUUUAAAUAGUUUAUAAAAUAUAUAUUGACAUGCAUAUUUGAAAAUGCUGCAUAAAAAUAAAAGUGGUGUGUUUUCCCCCUC